UCUACUUCCUGCCUGAACAUCUAAGCCAUCGCUUUCGAUUCAGUCGUCCUUAUAGCCGCAGACACCACUGCCAUAGGGUCCACUCUGCCGAACAAAGGAGAUUUCUCCGGACACCUCCUGUUUCCCAACAACGUGUAUUAUUUGAGAAAAGUGGGUCGCUGUGAGUCAUGUUAAAGUUGAUCGUAUUAGUGGCGCUGGUUAGGCUCUCCUUGGCUAGCGAUGUGCUCGAAUUUACAGACGACGACUUUGAAAGCAGGAUUGUGGAUCACGAACUCAUACUUGUUGAAUUCUAUGCUCCAUGGUGCGGUCACUGUAAGCGUCUUGCUCCAGAGUAUGAGAUAGCAGCCACCCGGCUCAAAGGGACUGUUGCUCUUGCCAAGGUUGACUGUACUGCAAACAGCAACGUUUGUAGCAAGUAUGGCGUCAGUGGCUACCCAACACUUAAGAUCUUCAGAGAUGGAGAAGAGUCUGGACCCUAUGAAGGUCCUCGUUCUGCAGAUGGUAUUGUCAGCUUCCUAAAGAAGCAAGCUGGACCAGCGUCUUUGGAGAUAAAAGAUGACACCCACUUCCAAAAGCUCAUCUCAGACAGUGAUGCAAUUGUCAUUGGUUUCUUCGCUGAUGACACGAGCACAGCUCAGACGGAGUUUCUGAAAGCCGCCAGUGCCUUGAGAGACAACUAUCGCUUCGCGCACACCAACUCCAAGGACCUCCUCCAGAGCCAAGGCAUUAAUGCAGAUGGAGUGAUCCUCUUCCACCCACCAAAACUUCACAAUAAGUUUGAGGACAGCACGGUCAAAUAUGAUGAGGACAAAUAUACCAGCAACAAAAUCAAGCGAUUCAUCCAGGAAAACAUUUUUGGAAUCUGCCCCCACAUGACUGUUGAAAACAAGGACCAGAUGAGGGGAAAGGACCUGCUGGUGGCAUACUAUGAUGUGGAUUAUGAGCUUAACCCCAAAGGCACAAACUACUGGAGGAACAGGGUGAUGAAGGUUGCAAAGGGCUUUCUUGAUGAAGGCAAGAAGCUUAACUUUGCUGUGGCCAACAAGAACAUGUUCAGCAACGAGCUAUCAGAGUUUGGUCUGGUUGCUGACAGUGCAGAACUCCCUUUGGUAGCCAUCCGAACUGCCAAAGGAGACAAAUAUGUUAUGCAGGAAGAGUUCAGUCGUGAUGGUGUUGCACUGAAGAAUUUUCUGCAAAGUUACUUUGAUGGCAAGUUGAAGCGCUACCUUAAGUCUGAACCUGUACCCGAGAACAACGAUGGACCUGUCAAGGUGGUGGUGGCUGAGAACUUUGAUUCCAUUGUCAAUGAUGACAGCAAAGAUGCACUGAUCGAGUUCUACGCACCAUGGUGUGGACACUGCAAGAGCCUGGAGCCCAAAUACAAAGAACUUGGAGAGAAGCUUGCCAACGACCCAAACGUGGUCAUUGCCAAAAUGGAUGCCACUGCAAACGAUGUGCCAUCGCCCUAUGAAGUCAGUGGAUUCCCAACCAUCUACUUUGCCCCAGCUGGACGCAAAAUGAGCCCAAAGAGAUAUGAAGGGGGCCGAGAAGUGAGCGACUUUAUCGCCUACCUGAAGAAGGAAGCCUCUAAUCCUCUUGCAAUGCAGGAAGAAGCCAAGAAGAAGAAAAAGAAGGUGGAGCUAUAAGGGCUCAGACCAAAACACAUGGCACACCUUUGCAAGUGUUGUGCUUAAGAACUAAAUUCUAUUCCACUUUUAAACUACCGACAUGAAGCCAAGUCCAGGAAACAUCACUGUUGGGCCUCUGCUGUGCAGGAAUUUCUGAUUCCCCUUGGUGUGCCUGCGUCGCCUCAGCCUAAUGCACUUUGUUUUGAAACAGGUUGUCAGCUCUUGCUUCAUUUGGUUUAUCACAUAGGGGGUGGGUAAUCUUCGCUGUGAAUUUGUUUUUGUACAUUUGGAAGGACGCAUAACAUCAUGGAAUAAAAGGUGGCCACAAUAUCAACACUGAAUCUGUUCCUUCGUAAAGCCCUACAUUUAACUGUUGAAAGGGACCAUUUUCAAAUGUCUAUCAGUAUAUGUGGAAUGUGCAGUAUAGUCUGGAUUUAUUCUAUCAUCCAUCAGCAUUUUAAUCACAUUUGAAGCCUGUGAAAGAGGCCACAAUUGUCCAGGGUGUAUUCCUGCCUCUCGCCUAAUCACCGCAUGAUACCGUUGAAUAUUAUUCUGUUAUGUUGUCUACUGUGAUAAUGAUUUAGGAAUGAAUCUAUUACAUUAUUUACCAUGAUUUCAGCACUAAUUUUUACUUUAAUAUUUUAUUAUAGAGUGUGUUAGGCAGUGUCUUCCCCUUCCAUUCUGGGAUUCGCCAACACACUUCCUGUUCUGACUUGUAUGUACACUGGCAUUUGAUGACUGGAUAAACGUCCCAAGAUAGGAAAUCAGGCCAGUGUAGGUAGCCCAUAGAAUAAUUAUACCCCACUCUCAGAUCACAGAAUGAUAGUCAUCUCCUUUGCUGAUCCUCUAGAACAAAAAGCAACAUUACGUGGUUAUUGGAAAUUAAAUUGUAAUUUACUGAAAGAUGAAGCCCUCUGUAACUCAAAGUAAUUGGGAUGGGGAUAUUUUUAAUGGAAAGGAACUUGGUAUCGUCCAAAAAUGGGAAUUCUUGAAAUUUAAAAUCAGAGAAUUGGCUAUUACACAAAGUAAAGAAAUGAAAAAAGCAAUUCUUUGGGAGAAUCUGAAAUUAUGAAAGAACAUAAACUGAAAAAAAUGAAAGAUGAUUUAGACCAUUUAUAUAUUAGUAUGACAAAAGGAGCCUUUAUAUGUUCCAGAGCUAAGUGGCUAGAGGAAGGUGAGAAGAAUACAAACUAUUUCUUCACACUAGAAAAGAGGAAUUACAAGAUUCCUUUUCUCUGAAAAUAAAUAACUUCAUUACCUCCAAUACAAAUGAUUUAGCAAAUCACACCUAUCUGUUUUACUCCGAAUUAUACAGCUCUAAAUAUAACUCAAUAAAAGGUGAAGAUUUCAUCAACAAUGUUAAAGAAUUGAUUCCUCAAAUAUCAGGCAAAUUCAAAGUGGAUUCCGAAAAACAUAUCUCUAAAUCUGAAAUUUUUGAAGCUGUUAAAUGCUGUAAAUAAUGAAGAAAUGACCACAACCAUGGAACAAGGUAAAACAACAUUGCUCCCUAAGCCAGACAAGAGCUGCCUUCUGUUGGAUAACUGGAGACCAAUAACAUUGCUCAACGUUGAUUAUAAAAUACUCUUGCUAGUUCUCGCCAGGCGUUUAAGAAAAGGUUUAAGUGAAAUCAUAAAUGAAACCCAAACGGGCUCUAUACAGCUUUUGACAGUGUAGUAGAGCAUCUAUUCUUAUUUAGAUCAAUUCAAUCCUUGGGUUUUGGUGAAAUGUUUGUUUCCUGUGUUAGAAUGCUUUAUAAAGAUAUUUGUGGCUGUGUCAUGUUGUUCCCCAAUACGACAAAGAGUUUUUCUCGUUUUUCGUCAAGGAUGCCCCUGCUCUCUGUUUCUUUUUCUUUUAGUUGUUGAACUGCUUUAAUACGAAUUCGACAUAGCAAUGUUUUUCAAGGAUUGAGGAUAUUUGGGAGAGAAAUUAGGCUAACACAACUAGCAGAUGAUCCAGAGUCAAUAUAAUAGAUACUUUCUCUAAUGCAUCAGGUCUUAAACUCAAUUUAUCAAAAAUGUGAAUUAUCAUGUCUCCAUGACACAAGGAAAUGCAACUGGGUAAGAUAAGAAGAAAAUGUGUCAAGUAUCUUGGAAUUCACUUUUCUAAAAAUCUAAACGAACGUCAAGUCAAAACCUUUAAAUCCAAAAUUCAAAAAAAUAAAAAUAUAUUCAAUAUGUGGCUUCAAAGAGAUUUGUCUCUGUUUGGGAGAGUUCUUCUAAGUGAAGCAGACGGUAUUUCUAGAUUUGUAUGUCCUACUCUGUCUCUUUUUGUUCAACAAUACAUUUGUAAAGAAAUAAAUAACACCCUAAUUAA